UUUUUUUUUGUAAUUUUUCAGAAUAUGUUAGAACCAUGUCGUAUGGAUGUUCGCUUCCAUUUGGAAGGAACACCGUAUGUCGCCGAAGAUACAAUCGGUACGGGCGCCUACGGAGUUGUGUGUAAAGCGAAGCAUUUGCCUUCACAACGAGCCGUGGCUAUCAAGAAAAUUCCCCGCGCUUUUGCAGCGCAUACGCUAGCGAAGCGAUCAUUACGGGAAGUACGUAUACUACGGGAACUUCGACACGAAAACAUCAUCGCCGUACUCGAUAUGUUCACCGCUGAAGGCACUCAUGGCCGAGAUAUCUACAUGGUAAUGGACUUAAUGGAAACCGAUCUGCAUCAGAUUAUUCACAGUCGUCAAGCACUAGUCGAACAACACUUUCAAUACUUCCUCUAUCAGCUACUCCGAGGACUCAAGUACCUGCACUCAGUUGGUAUUGUACAUCGUGAUUUGAAGCCGUCAAAUCUUUUGGUGAACGGUGAUUGCCUGCUUCGAAUAGCCGAUUUUGGUAUGGCACGCUCUACGGAACAGACGAGUCGAUGCGUGACUCCUACAAUUUUCCUGUCCUCGAACCCCGCCCAUAUCUCAUCCAAGUAUUUACAGCAAUAUGUCGCUACAAGGUGGUAUCGUGCCCCAGAACUCCUGUUUUCGAUGAUUGACUAUGAUACCAAGGUAGACAUGUGGUCGGCUGGUUGUAUAUUCGCCGAGAUGAUUAUGCGACGACAGAUCUUCCCUGGUAAAGAUGGAGUGUCCCAAGUGAAAAUGAUUGUCUACUACUUAGGAACUCCAGAGGAGCGAGUAAGUCUCCCAGAGAGGCCCAUUUUUCGUUUUCUCCAGUUACUCCAAAUUUCACCAUGGAAUCGAUCAAAUGCCGAAGAAGUUCUUGCCUUGCCCUAUCUGGCCACCUACCACGAUCCUGCUUUCGAGCCCACAUGUCCGCUGAAGUGA